CUUAAAUUCAUAUUUCAGUGUUAAGGAAGUUGAUGUCUUAAAAGUAGCUUAAGCUAAUUUAGGAUAUUCCAUUCAAUUAAGCUUAUUGAUUGAAUUUGAAUAUUAUAACUUUGUAUUGCAUUACACUUUUUUAUACUAAGGACAUUUCCAAUAUAAAAAAUGGAACAAAAACUCUAAGCAAACAAAAAUAGACAAUAAUAAUUAUUACGAAUGCUUAUGUUUGAGUUUUGCUUUAUAUCCUUAGUGAAGAUGCUUAAAUUAAUGGUAUCUGAAAUUACAUUUGAUGAGUAUAUAAAAAUUAUAUUUCAAGAUUGUAGCUGAAAAUUAAAAUAAUAUAAUUGACACUUUAAAAUCAAAUGUUAGGAUUAUAAAAAACCAUAAGAAUCCAAAGCUUUGUCUUAAAAACCUUUAAUUUUUUAUUGAAUUUAGUAUUGGCGUAACAAUCCUUUGACUUUAAUAAUUGA